AGUGAUGGGCUAUGGGGCCGGUGGGUGGUCUGCGUGCGGGGGAUCGGAGCUUCCCGCAAAGCCCGCCGUGCCGCGAGGGAUGGGACGCUGCCUGGUGGUUGCGGCGGGUACCACCUCCGUUGGCACGGACGCCAAUCUCGGAUACCGUCGUGGAGACAAGACAGCGAAGGCCUGGAGGUUAAUCUCCUGGAGCGGCAAAUAGAGACAGCUAAAGAAGAGCCACUGAACCAGUUAGGAGACUAUUGCAGCCAUCCCAGCAAGAGAUGAUAACGUGGACUUGGGACGUGGCAGAGCUGAUACAGAAAACUGGAAGAUUUCAGAGACCCUCUAAAGGAAUUUACAGGGAGCUUCAAGCCUGGCUACCUCACAGAGUGACCAACUGUCCUAAUUUGCCUCGCUCGGCCUGAGGGCGUUCCCGGGAUGGAGAAAAAUUCUGGGCAAACCGUUGUUAGAAAACAAAAUUCAACCAGCCUUCCCGUGGUUUGGGAUGGACAUCGGUGGAACGCUGGUUAAAUUGGUCUACUUUGAGCCAAAGGAUAUCACAGCCGAAGAGGAGCAAGAGGAGGUAGAGAACCUGAAGAGCAUCAGAAAGUAUUUGACUUCCAAUACGGCUUAUGGGAAAACCGGGAUCCGAGACGUCCAUCUAGAACUGAAAAAUCUGACCAUGUGUGGGCGCAAAGGGAACCUGCACUUCAUCCGCUUCCCCAGCUGUGCUAUGCACAGGUUCAUUCAGAUGGGCAGCGAGAAGAACUUCUCCAGCCUCCACACCACGCUCUGUGCCACGGGAGGUGGGGCUUUCAAGUUCGAAAAGGACUUCAGAAUGAUUGCUGACCUGCAGCUCCAUAAACUGGAUGAACUGGACUGUCUGAUUCAGGGCCUGCUUUACGUCGACUCCAUUGGCUUCAAUGGCAAGCCAGAAUGUUACUAUUUUGAAAAUCCCACAAAUCCUGAAUUGUGUCAAAAAAAGCCGUACUGCCUUGAUAACCCAUACCCUAUGUUGCUGGUGAACAUGGGCUCGGGUGUCAGCAUCCUAGCAGUGUACUCCAAGGACAACUAUAAAAGAGUUACAGGGACCAGUCUUGGAGGUGGAACAUUCCUAGGCCUAUGUUGCUUGCUGACUGGUUGUGAGACCUUUGAAGAAGCUCUGGAAAUGGCAGCUAAAGGCGACAGCACCAAUGUUGAUAAGCUGGUGAAGGACAUUUACGGAGGAGACUAUGAACGAUUUGGCCUUCAAGGAUCCGCUGUAGCAUCAAGCUUUGGCAACAUGAUGAGUAAGGAAAAGCGAGAUUCCAUCAGCAAGGAAGACCUCGCCCGAGCCACACUGGUCACCAUCACCAACAACAUUGGCUCCAUUGCUCGGAUGUGUGCGUUGAAUGAGAAUAUUGACAGAGUUGUGUUUGUUGGGAAUUUUCUCAGAAUCAAUAUGAUCUCCAUGAAACUGCUAGCAUAUGCAAUGGAUUUUUGGUCCAAAGGACAGCUAAAAGCUCUGUUUUUGGAACACGAGGGUUAUUUCGGAGCUGUUGGGGCACUGCUGGAACUGUUCAAGAUGACUGAUGACCAGUAGUGAUGACAGUGGAUAGAAGAGCCUUCUGUGAGAACAGAGACCUGAGACCUGUCGCUGGAGAAGGUAGAUGUCGCUAUGGGACGGAAGCCAAGCCAUUAUGGCAGAUGAACCUGCUGGAUUUGUAAAUAAUUUAAAAUCCUUCUAGCUGAUCUUUUACUCUUGGGUUUUGAGCUUAUGAUUCAAAAUGGGGAAUACAAGAGUUUUUUCUGUAUACUGUAUUUUUAAAACACACACACACACACACACACACACACACAUUUGUGCAGAGAGGCCAAACCUAUGAAUUUUAUGCAUUAACCUUGAAAAGUUGUAUGAGGUUUAAGAAGGACCCGAAGUGUAAGUGCUGUUUAUUUUUCUUCUGGGGUUUACUGAUCAGUGUGGUAAUUUUAACUUCAUUUAGUAAUUACUCUAGGAGAUCUUACCUUUACUUAUAUUCAUCAUGACGUUUCAUGAUUUGCUGUUGGUUUCAAAUGAAACUACAAAUCUGGCAUGCUUUACUGUGAACACUAUUUUGUUUGUUUGUUUCUUUACCUUUUUUUUGUCUUGUUUUUUUUCUGUUUGAAUGUCUUAUGGAGAAAGAGAGUCCUUCCCCCUGUUUCUGUUGUCAGAUGACUCCCUCUCCUCUCCAAUACCUUUCUUUAAUGUAAUUGUUUGUACCAAUGAAGGGGCUGAUCAGCUCACUAAGAGUGAAGCACGAGAUCGAAAGCGUUCAUGAAUUUUAUGAGUCAGGCAAAAGUUGAAAAUGAUAUACAAUGAAUAUACAGUGUUUUGUUGGAUUUACUUUACGUUAGGUUAUAUUAAAUUGUGUUCUCUGAUGAACUGUCCUCAUUCAUACCCACCAUAUGAGUGGCAGCAAAUCCUUAUGCAGGACAUUGGAACUUCCCAGGUGAAGUCUCCCAGUAGAUUAACCGUUCACAUUGGGAGAUGGGGGAGAAGUCAUGGGUUGACGUGUCAGGUAAUAACACCUAUUUGUUUUGUACACGUAUGUACAUAGGAGCUUUGUAACAAGCCAUCUUAAAUAAUAAUUUUUUGAUUUGAAGUAUUUCAAACUGAAAACUGCAUUUCAAUCUCAGUUUCUAAUAUUAAAAAAAUCAUGGUACUGAUCUAUCUAUACAUAUUUUUUUUCUUUUUUGAAAGAUGUCAUUGGCACCGAUGGGUAACUUUCAAAUGAGAGUCUUGUACAAAUAUUGAAACGCAUGAGGUCUAAUGACUUAGAACUGAUUAAUCUUUUGAACUGAGCAUAUUGUUGAAAGGGAUCUUUGCAGGCACUAUGAUUACUCCGUGGUGAAUCUUUCCUUCUCUGCCUCCUGAGCACCAUCUUUAAUUGCCAUAUCUUCACGUCUUGGAGAACUCGAUGUUAACUGAAGUAUUCACUUGUCUGGUUGAAAUAAAGCCUGUUUCUGUUGUGA